AUGGAAGCUAGUUUCUUCCUACUUUUUGUGUUGUCUUUCUACUCUACCAUACACAAGAUUUCAAGUACAACAGAUGUAAUAACUACAGAUCAAUUCAUCAUAGAUGGUCAAACUGUUGUUUCAACUGGUGAAACCUUUGAGAUGGGAUUUUUCAGCCCCAAUGGUUCCUCAAAGCGAUAUAUCGGUAUAUGGUACAAGCAAAUUCUCCCUGUGCAGACAGUUGUAUGGGUUGCCAAUAGAGAAAAACCACUCACCAAUAAAUCUUCAGUUGUUUUGAAGGUCACUAAGCCAGGAAUACUUGCUCUUCUCAAUGGUAAGAAUGAAAUUAUAUGGUCCACUAACACCUCAAGAUCAGUCCAACAUCCAGUUGCUGUGCUUUUAGAUUCUGGUAAUCUUGUUGUAAAAGAUGCAAAUGAUGGCAACCCAGAAAAUUUCCUCUGGCAGAGCUUCAAUUUUCCAACUGAUACGCACUUGCCUGGUAUGAAGCUCGGCAAGAAUCUUAAAACUGACCAUGAGGCUUACCUUUCAGCAUGGAAGACCGAUAAUGAUCCAACACCUGGAGAAUUCACUCGUCACAUUGAUCCUACUGGAUAUCCGCAGGCCCUAACCAAACGUGGCACAAGUGUAUCAGUUCGUGCAGGACCAUGGAAUGGUUUAAGAUUUAGUGGGAUACCCAAACAACUACUAACACAAAGCAGCAUUUUUACAUUUCAAUUUAUUUUCAAUAUAGAGGAGGUCUACUAUAUUUUUUCAAUCAUUAACAGCUCAGUUUUAUCAAGACUAGUCCUCACUAGCAAUGGUUAUGUCCAACGCUUGACGUGGGUGGCUCGGACCAAGAGUUGGCAUAUUUACUACAAUUUACCUUCCGAUAACUGUGAUACAUAUAGCUUAUGUGGUGCCUAUGGGAGCUGUGACAUAGAUAAUUCCCCUAUUUGUGGAUGUUUAGAAAAGUUUGUAGCUAAAUGUCCACAACAAUGGGAAAAGGGAGAUUGGUCAGAAGGGUGUGUUCGGAGGACACCUCUUGAUUGCAAAAAGGAACAUGUAUUUCUUAAGUAUUCUGGAAUCAAGUUGCCGGAUACUAAGUACUCUCAGUAUGAUAAGACCAUGACACUCGAAGGCUGUAGGCAAGUAUGCUCCAGGAACUGCUCUUGCACAGCUUAUUCAAGUCUAGAUAUAAGCAAUGGAGACAAAGGUUGCUUGUUUUGGUUCGGGGAGUUGAUUGACAUCAGAAAGCUGUCUGAAAGAGGGCAAGACAUUUACAUCAGAAUGGAUUCUUCGGAGCAAGCUGAGGCAGGUUCAAAUAGAAAGAAGGCAAAGAUACUCACAGGGAGUAUCUCAUUGUUGAUGGCAAUGAUUUUGCUGGGCCUGAUUCUGUUAUACAAACGGAAAAAGAAGAAGAAACUGAAACUUGACGAAGAUUUUGAGCUGCCACAGUUCCAGUUGUCGACAAUAACAAGAGCUACAAAUAACUUUUCGCUCAACAACAAGAUUGGAGAGGGUGGAUUUGGACUUGUUUACAAGGGAGUGUUGGAAGAGGGACAAGAAAUUGCUGUGAAGAGACUCUCGAGGACUUCAAUGCAAGGACUUGAUGAAUUCAAGAACGAAGUUAUUUAUAUUUCCAAGCUUCAGCAUCGAAAUCUUGUGAGACUUCUAGGUUGCUGCAUUCAAGGGGAAGAAAAGAUUUUGAUCUAUGAAUACAUGUCUAACAAAAGCCUGAAUUCAUACAUAUUUGAUCAAACAAAGAAAAACUUACUUGAUUGGCCAAAGCGUUUCGGCAUCAUAAACGGAAUUGCUCGUGGCUUAUUAUAUCUCCAUCAAGAUUCUCGACUACGGAUUAUCCAUAGAGACCUUAAAGCAAGCAAU